UCAGGAAGAAACAUGCACCCUACUUCCUGCAAGUUUCCUAGUACACAAUAUUCCUGCCACUGAAAACUGAACCAACAAUGGCAACUAUCCUUCGCAGAUUCGCAAUGCCCGGGUGUUCAUCGAGGCGGUGCUUGGGAGUGUUUCUGCGGGAAAUGCACAGCCGGACUUCCCCUCUGAAUCCCCGGGACGGACCGCGACUGCUGGCCGGUGGCAGUAUCCCUCUGACGGCCUACAGUCGCACACACAGCCGCUGGCAGCACACAAAGGCGGCGGAUCCUCCAGAGGUGGAAUUACAUCGGUUAGUGGGGGAAGAUAAUGGGAUAGUGGAGGUGUUGAUGUGCCGACACAAGGCAAGAAACGCUCUGGGCUAUGUGUUCGUGUCACAGAUGAGGGGGUUGGUGUCCAGUCUGUCCGAGGACUCAGCAGUCCGUGUGGUUAUCUUCAGGAGUUUAGUUCCAGGUGUUUUCUGUGCAGGGGCAGACCUGAAAGAGAGAGCUCGGAUGAAUGAUGCUAUGUCUGAUAGCUUUGUUCACAUGCUGCGAACCCUCAUGACUCAGAUAGCAUCAUUGCCCAUGCCCACCAUCGCAGCAAUGGACGGCGCUGCCCUGGGAGGUGGGCUGGAGAUGGCCUUGGCCUGUGACCUCCGCACUGCUUCACAUUCGGCACAGAUGGGUCUGAUCGAGACGACGCGAGGGCUGCUCCCAGGGGCGGGGGGCAGUCAGCGGCUGCCAAGGACGGUCGGCAUGACUCUGGCCAAAGAGCUCAUCUACACAGGUAAGCGUGUGGGGGGGCAGAAGGCUCUGGAGAUGGGGCUGGUGAACAGAUCUGUGGAACAGAACGAGACGGGAGAUGCUGCCCUCAGAGAGGCUCUCAGCCUGGCCAGAGAGAUACUGCCCCAGGCUCCUAUUGCUGUGCGGCUGGCAAAGGAGGCAAUGGACAGAGGCAUUGAGGUUGACAUCACUUCAGCGAUGAAGAUAGAGAAGAUGUGUUAUGCUCUGGUCAUUCCCACCAAGGACAGAAGAGAGGGAAUGGAUGCCUUCAUUGAAAAGAGACCCCCGCGGUACACUGGGCAAUAAACCUUUUGGAAAUGUCUCCCUCCGUCACUCAGCGCUCCUCCAUAACCUCAUGUCUGAUAGACAAUUAACACCCAUUGAUUUUUUCUGUGUGCAUCCCAGACAGUAUCAAUACAUUAGAUAAGGUCAACAUUAGCGGCAAGUGUUUGAUUUUGUGACUCAUGAUGAGAGCGACAUAGGGAUAUUUUGAUCAGAGAAAAAGUAAUUUAUACUGUUUAUUCACCCAUAUAUCCAUAUUUGUUUGUCACAUUUUUUUGAAAUAAAGAAACACAAAUGUCAUCUCUAGUUUAUGGGAAUGUACAUUCUUUAUUUCCAAACUUGAAAACGAGACUCUCAGCAGCAACAUGGCACAGUCACAGCAGACAUACCGCAUCGAGACUUUUUGUAUCUCCGCAUUAAACUCUUAUGAAAAAUGAAACUGGACUUCAUUCAAUGUGAUGUUCAGAGGCAACAAUCAAACACAUCCGGAGCAACAGACAACAAACCAAUUAUCAUCUGCUGCUCUUUGUCCUUGAUGAAGCUGUGAGAUCAGCUCAGGACACACCAUAUUUAGCAAGCUCUCACAACAACAUCAACUGAUUUACAGAAACAAUAAGACCAUUUCUCAGUAAGCAGAUGAGGUGAUGUUUGUUUUGCUGAUAGAUGUAUUAGAGUACCAUUAGCAGCCCAAUAUAUUGUCUUUAUUACCAUUAACAUUAAUUAUUUAUAUAAAUCUUGUAACCCAUCUCCAUUGUUCCUGAUGAAGCCAAAAUUCACUCUGCCUCAAAAAUGUUGUGUCAGCGGUUUGGCAUAAUUUUGAAUAA